UGUGCUUGUUUUAUAUAAUUAAAAAUAUAUAUUUAUAUAAGCCAUCCAGCCAACUUUCUCUUUUUUUAUUUUUAUUUUUAUUUAUUCUGUAAUCAAGUCUUUAGAAAACUGUCAAUAGGUUAUAAUAAUGGAUUUACCAGAGAAUUGGGUUAUACGUCACUCCCGUACAUAUAAUAAAGACUAUUAUUUUAAUACAGUCACGAAAGAAUCACGUUGGGAUUCACCUAUUCCAGCUGCAACAACGGUUGAAAGAGUAAGAGCAAGCCAUUUAUUAGUGAAAAGUAAAGAUUCCAGAAGACCUAGUUCAUGGAAAGAAGAACAUAUUACACGAACCAAGGAAGAAGCAUUAGAGAUCUUGAAAGAAUAUCAACGUAAAAUUGAAACAGGACAGGAGACACUAUCUGCUUUAGCCACUCAUUUUUCAGAUUGUUCCAGUGCAAAACGUGGUGGUGAUCUUGGUUGGUUUGAACGAGGACAGAUGCAAAAGUCCUUUGAAGAUGCUGCCUUCAGUCUUCAAGUGGGUGAAUUAAGUAAACCAAUUUGGACUGAUAGUGGUGUUCAUUUAAUCUUAAGAACUGCCUAAAAGCCAAUUAGUAUUAAAUAGUCUUUUUUUUUUCAAUAAAUAAAUAAAUAAAUAUUUAAGUUAAAUGAUGUAGUAUUGCUGCUGCUGCUGCUGCAACACAUUCA